GGGGAGUACCAGGAGAGGGAUUGCCUGAAUCCAAGGCUUGGAUGGGUGGCUUCUGUAGGGGUGACAGGGGUGGCUUCCUAGCUCUCCUAGUCUGGCUUCAGCUUCUGCAGCCUCUGUUCAGUGGUACUUACAAGCCCAGGGAAGAUUCCGGACCGAUGCAUAGGCCCCUGAAGUCCCGGAGUGAUCCAGAGUCCCCGGCACAGAAGAGCCGCUUGAAACCCCUGAAUAUUUCGCAUCCGUCGGUAGUUCCGGUGUCUCUAAACCAGACUGGGACUCCAAGAUCAGGGCCUCCUUCAGCGAUCACAACCCAAAUUAUCUUGGAAUCCAGUAGGAGCUCUCCGGGAGAACCGUUUUCUCCAGACAUUUGCGGCCAUAGAAUUACGGAGAUAAAUCACGGAAGUUUAUCUGCAGGGAGGAAGUGGCCUUGGCAAGCGAGCCUGCAGAGUCAAAAUGUACACGUAUGUGGAGGCUCCCUCAUCAGCCAGCGAUGGGUGUUGACUGCAGCCCACUGCGUAUAUGAAUGAGUAUUUGGGGACCUAGUUUUGGUACAUGGUGAUGCCAUGUUGAAUUCUGAAGCCGAAAAUGUGACCCUGGUCCCAGUCCAAGACAUCAUUUUCCCUUCAGACUUUGACAUCCGAACCAUGAGAGAUGACAUCGCCCUUGCUCUGCUGUACUUCCCUGUGAAUUACUCCUCCCUCAUCCAGCCCGUGUGCCUUCCCAGAAAGCCCUUCCAAGUGAACAGCGGGACCGUAUGCUGGGUGACUGGCUGGGGCCAACAGAACAAAACUGAUCUAGGGUCUGCAUCAGUUCUUCUUCAGGAGGUUCAGCAAAACAUUCUUCUCUAGAAGCACUGCAAUCAGCUGUUCCAGAGAGAGCUGGGGACGUCGGAAAACCUGGUGAUUAAAGGGAUGAUCUGCGGUCAGCAAGACUUGGGACAGAGCCUUUGUUGGAGAAAUUCUGGGAGCCCCCUUUGUCUGUGAAUCUGACAACACAUGGACCCAGGUGUAGAGGGCCGCUAUAACAUUCGCCACCACAAGAUGGCGCUGGCUUCCACUGCGCCCCACGUGGAAGGCCAGGAUAGCUUCCGCCAUUACAAGAUGGCGCUGGCCUCCGCCACGCCAGCCGACUUCCUUUCAGGAAGUUAACUGUGUGCGCAUGUGCAAGAGUGCCUUCGUGCCAGGUCUUUGCCCACUCCGGGGCGUGCCUAAUGAGAUCAUGGGUAAGCGACCAAUCAGGUGUGGAUGCGCCGCGCUAGGGUGUAUACAAGCCGCGCCAUGCGGGCGCACGGGGCUCUCCUUAAGAUUUAAUAAAAGUUUUGGCUGCAGCAAGGA